GCGCACACAGAUAUCCUGUACGUCAACGCCCUGCGUAUACUGCCGUGAAACGUGUGCGCUAAACCCUUAAACACUAAUUCCCAUUCAGUGCGAGGCAGCUUGUGGUGGGAAGAUACAGAAUGCCGGACCCCAGACUUUUAUUUUCAAUACCUCUAGCCCUGGCUGUAAUGUCUCCACACAGCGCCUGGGGAUGUCCAGCAUUAACAAUGUGCCAAACUCGGAUGGAGUCUGUACUGGGCGCACACGGCGCUGACACACCCCGCCUCUGUCGAGGUCUGAGAGACUACCUUGCAUGUGCCCGGGGCGCGAGUGCUUCUUGUGGGGUAGCAGAGAGAGGAUACGUCGUAGAGGCCUUCAACCUCGCCAACAUGAGAUACUCCACGCUCUGCUCAGCCUUCUACACGACAAGUGUCCCUGCAACGGUAGAUUCAACCACAGGAAACAUCAUGCCGGACAGUGAAGACACCGCUGCACCAUCCUCUGCAACGGCUACAGUAUCAUCGGCAACGACACUAACAUCCGUGGGGAUGGAGAAGACGACCCCUGAAGCCGACCUUUUUACACAGUACCGCCGGGAUACCUUACCUCCUGUGACAAGCCUUUUACCGGAAGUGACAGGCGAGCUGGUUACAACGUCUGUGACUUCAACCUCUGCAACAACUGACCAAACGUCGACAGCAGCGGCGGAAAGUGGUUCUGCGUGUAUCUACCCACCUGGUGGUGACGAGAAGCUAGCCUUCCAGUUGUGCACAGUUACUCCUGUCAUAUCACAGUUCAACAGUGGUUGCACGCAGUUAGAUGACUGUGGGGUGAAAGUCUUUCCCGGCUUCAGCAGUUCCGAUCACGUCGUCAUCUGCCGGUCAGUGGUCAGCUACAGAACCUGUGCCCUGAAUGCCAGACGUGUGUGCGUCGGAAACAUCGACAAUUCCGGAGUAGAACAGUCAGUGUCGAAUAUAGAUACAGAAUAUAACUGCACAGCUGUUCUUAAGGAAAUUACCGCUCGUAUUUCAGAAUCAGCGCCUACACGCGGGAUCCCAGAAACUGACGGAACCAGUCAACUCGAAAGUUCCCCCUCGGCAACAGCUGCCACCCCUUACAUACAAAGCACAAAUCGUUUUGAACUGACAGAUACCAAGACCACAGACGUCACGUCCACGCGCUCGAAGGGUACAAGUGUUCCCACGAUGUCGUCUGCACGCAACAAUCGUAUUGAAAUGACAGAUACCCAGACCACAGACGUCACGUCCACGCGCUCGAAGGGUACAAGUGUCCCCACGAUGUCGUCUGCACGCAACAAUCGUAUUGAAAUGACAGAUACCCAGACCACAGACGUCACGUCCACGCGCUCGAAGGGUACAAGUGUUCCCACGAUGUCGUCUGCACGCAUCAAUCGUACUGAAAUGACAGAUACCCAGACCACAGACGUCACGUCCACGCGCCUGAAGGGUACAAGUGUUCCGCCAGUGUCCUCAACAGACAGACAGACCCUCGUCCCAUCCUCAACCGCAUCCCGCCGGGAGACCGUUACUGAGGCCACGACGAACGCAAACCACGUCACUAGGUCCACAACGAAGUACAUGUCCACAGUUGUCAGACGACAUCCUUCAAGCACACCGCGGGUCACUGAGCUACCAAUAUCCUCCACAGAUGACGUCACAGUACCCACAUCAAAACUUACGUCUCAAAUUACCAGUACAAAAUACAAGAGUCUAGUAACAAACACGAGAACCUCCCGAGUUACCCCCCUUUCCAUUCUUCCAGGACUGUCCACAGAAGGUUCGCCAGGUUUUCAUCAAUCCAGGAAGACCUCCACCCAAUCAACAGAUCACACCGGAUAUGGAACGAGAUCUUCCACUGAAAUGAAGAAGUCGAGUUCGCAAAUACCAGGGACGUUCCCCACCACCCCUCCAGCUGAGGAAGAGGACUCGACAAGGGAUGCAUCUAACCCCCAAGGUGUGGGAACCUCAUCUUCAGGCACUGACAGUUCCAUGGCUGUGUCUUCUCUGUCCGCUGUGGCGGUCAUAUGGGUCGGCUGGACGAUGCACGUCACCAUCACCUGAAACCACGGGGCCUGCACAGGAGCAUGCACAGGAUGUUACAUGUCGGUCACAUUACAGUUUCCGCGGACUAAUAUACAGUAUCCUGACUUGUGUAGAAGCAUCUCCGACAUGUCAACACUAGCGCCUGGGAUAUGCUCCAGCAGGUCCAGACAGCACGGAGAUGCUCCUACUCAAGAGGUCUUUGAAAUGUCGUAUACGACCGAAUUAUUGGGUGUAAUUGGUCGUCCUUUUUGACAGGUCAAAUAUUCGUCGCGCUCUUUCAACCUAGGACGUUUUAUUGGUUAUUAUUGUUUUUGUUUUGUUUUUGUCACCUUGUAUAAACACAAUUUGAUAGUGA